CCAACCAUACUCCUUUAAGAUAUAUCCUAUCUCAACUCUCAAUUCCAGUACUUCCCAUUUCCUAAACUAACAACCGCUUCACACAUUUAUUGUCAAGUUAUAAACUUUGAGAUCUCCGAACUCAAAAGAUCCAACUUUGCAAGCUUAAGUCUUCAAAGGUUUGUUCCUUUUCCCAUAACAAAAAUUGGGUCUCUCUUGUUUUGUUCUCAGAAAGGAUGAAGGUCACUCUAGUUUCACGCAGUGGAAGAGAGUUUAUCAAAGGAGGCCUUGAGCUUCAUGACUCAGCAACUGUGGCUGAUCUGCAGGAGGCAAUUUACAAGAGAACUAAAAAGUUCUAUCCUUCAAGACAAAGACUAACACUUCCUGUGCCAUCGGGAUCAAAGGAGAGGCCUGUUGUCCUUAGCUACAACAAGAGUCUCAAAGACUACUGCGAUGGAAACCAGAACAACAUAACUGUAGUGUUCAAGGAUCUGGGUCCUCAAGUGUCUUAUCGUACGCUUUUCUUCUUUGAGUACUUGGGUCCUUUAGUCCUCUAUCCUAUCUUCUACUACUUUCCUGUGUACAAGUUCUUCGGUUACGAAGGGAAGCGUGUCAUCCACCCUGUUCAAACAUAUGCUUUAUAUUACUGGUGUUUCCACUACUUCAAGCGUAUCAUGGAAACAUUCUUCGUCCACCACUUCAGCCAUGCAACAUCUCCACUAUCAAAUGUCUUCAGAAAUUGUGCUUAUUACUGGACCUUUGGUUCAUACAUUGCUUACUACGUAAACCAUCCACUCUACACACCAGUUAGUGACCUUCAGAUGAAGAUUGGGUUUGGGUUUGGAUUGGUUUGUCAACUGGCAAACUUCUAUUGUCAUAUCAUACUGAAGAAUCUACGCAGCCCUGAUGGGAGUGGAGGGUAUCAAAUUCCUCGUGGCUUUGUGUUCAACAUUGUGACAUGUGCAAAUUACACAACAGAGAUUUACCAAUGGCUGGGUUUCAAUAUUGCUACGCAGACUGUCGCAGGCUAUGUAUUUCUUGUGGUUGCUACUUCUAUCAUGACCAAUUGGGCCCUUGCGAAGCACCGCCGUUUGAAGAAGCUCUUUGACGGUAAGGAAGGAAGGCCCAAGUACCCCCGCAGAUGGGUAAUUCUUCCCCCAUUCCUGUAGAAUGAGGGCCGAACCUCCUACUUAUUGGUCUUGUUUUGGUAUUUUCAUUCUAGAAGCAUGGAUUCAAGAGUGUUGAAGAUCAAUUCUUGUCGGAUUUGAACUUAAGAUCACCCUCCACAAAAUUUUAGUCUUCUGUUUAGAUAAUGUAAUGCCUUUGAAAUGCUUAAGGAUGUUUUUUUUUGUUGUUUCUCAUAUUUACUUCUCAAUCCAAUCAAGUUACUCUUUGGUGGAAAAACUUAGACUUAGCAAUCUAAAAUACAUAACAUGAUGACA